UUGACACAAGCAACAAAAUUCAAAUUAGUGAAAACAUGCAAUCUGAAAAUAGUAGAGGAAAUAGUGCAUCAGGAGAUGCGGAUUCACCUUGUUCUUUACGUGAAACCAGUCCAAGAAAAAUGAUGGAUCUUGUAGCACUAACAGGACCAUUUGGAGAUAACUUUUCACUAAAAGAAAUAUCAUCUACAGAAAUGUUAUUUAAAGCCCAAGCGUCCAAUUCGUCUACUGACAGUGAAGAUUCAGAUCCUGAUAUUCUAAAAAUAGAAUAUUUACAGCGGUUAGCACUUAUCAGGGAACAAAUGGCCACACUCGACAUUGCAAAUAUUGAUUACUAUCCUAGUUGUUUUAAUAGUUCUUAUUUUCCAAAUCAAUGCACUAUAACAGAAUUACAUGAUAGUGAUAAUGAAACAAAUACCUGCAGUCCAAGAACAACUGAUGCUAUAGAAGUAGAAGAUAAUAUUAGAGAUCCAGAGGAGAAUAAUGAAAACGAAUGUUUGAUUGAUGAUUUUAAAGAUGGCAAAACUAUGAAUCUCAAUACAAAUGAAACAGAAGAGAAAACUAACCCCAAUGCUUUAUUAAUAGAAGAACUAGCCAAAAAAAUAUCUGAAGUAGAAAUUGAAAAUAUUAUGCACAGAAAUGACCCUAAUACAUCUAUGCCAGAAGAUGUAAUAAAGGUAUCAGCGGAACCAGGACCUGAAUUAGAAAUUAAACCUUUUGAGAAUGACCCGGAUGCGACUGAAGAAAAUAUUAACCAAAGCGAUGUAAUAAUUGAAGAAUCGGCAGAAAAACUUUCUGAAAUGGAAGUUAAAAGCGUUUUGAGCUUUGAGAAUGUUUACAAAUCAGAAUCUCCUUCGGAGUUGAUGGAACUAAAUUACAAUCCUCCAAAAAAGAAGCCUUGUAUACGAGACUCCACUCCAAGAAUGUAUAUAUUCGAUAGCGCUUCAAACAUGCCAGAAAAUAACGUGUUUAAAUUUAGAAAUGGAUCACAAGAACACAAAGAUAGUAAUCUUUUACCAAAAAUUAAAUCUGAAUGCACCUGUGGCAUGAAGCCUGUAGAGACUAUAGAUGUUUCUUGUGGUCACGAAUAUGGUGAUCUGGAACAUAUUUCGCCAAAUUUAGCUAAUAGGGAUGAUUUGUAUGUAAAAUUUCUGGAUACCACCGAGAAUUCUCCAUCUUCAAGGAGCUAUCAAAGUGAUAUUACAGAGGGAAUAACUACUGUCGAAAGUCCACGAAACAAAUCUUAUAAGAGGCGGUUAUUUUUAAGAAGUGCAAGCAAUAAGGUAAAACCAAUUGAUAAAAUGACUCUUUGGGAAGAAAUCAGAACCAUGGAAGCCAUAAAAAAUAAAAAUGCACCAAAAGUUUCGAAUUCGCAAGAAAGUUUCUUUAAAAAAAUUUUAAUCCGUAAACCUAAUCCAAUACUACCAAUAGACUUAGAAGCAAUAGGCAGUUUAGAUAUCCCUAGAAAAUCCACUCGUUCACGCCGUUUUCCAUCUAUCACUAAAAUAUCCAAGUUUUGUUCGUCACUAUUCAGCAAGAGAUCUGAAAGUGUCGUUGAAGAAGAAUCAGAAGCGAAAAAAGUGAGCAAAGCAGUUCAAACAGGAAAUAGCCAUAAGACGACGCACCAUAACAAAGAGCUCUUUCCAAAAGUCGCAAAAACAUUAUUGGACGUUAGAAAAGAAGAGCGUAUAACCUUAGAUAGUCAUACACCUAGCUAUGAAGAACAUUCGGAUUAUUCUUAUCAAGAAGACGACCUUGAAGCCUACUUUCAACAUAAAUGUUUUUUUUGUUUUUGUUUUUAGAAAGUUUUUAUUUUGGAAAUAGACAAAGUAUAAGGAUAA